AUGGGUAUCCAAAGCCUUUUACAAUUUCUAAAACCUUUACUGAUUGAUAAGCAUAUUUCUGAAUAUUCAGGUCAAAGAAUUGCUAUAGAUAGCUAUUGUUGGUAUUAUUUAUAUAGGCUUCACAAAGCAGUCUAUUCAUGCGGCCGAGAUCUUAUUCAGGGAAAAAACACAAAAAGGUAAUUUUUAUUAAGACAUAUCGAUUAUUGUGUUAAGAAAGCCCUUGAAUUAAGAAAAAUCGGUGUAGAGCCUGUUAUGGUUUUCGAUGGAGCCCCAAUGCCAUGCAAAGCUGAUACAAAUCACGACCGUCGACAAACUCGUCAAGAAGCCAUGGACAAAGCAGUUGCCUUAGAUGAAGCUGGAAACAUAAGAGAAGCUGAAAAAUUUUAUUCAAAAGCAGUUUCUGUAACCCCAGAUAUGGCUAAUGAGUUAAUUGAAGAAUUAAAAAGUUAUGGAAUUGAAUGUAUAACAGCCCCAUAUGAAGCUGAUGCCCAACUCGCGUAUUUGUAUAAAAUUGGCUAUGUUUCAGCUGUUAUCAGUGAAGAUUCCGAUUUACUUGUAUUUGGAUGUGAAAAAGUUUUAUAUAAAUUUGAUACAGCUGGAGGAGGGUCACUAAAGGAAAUGGAUUUAAGGAAUUUGCAUAAAUUGACGCAAUAUAAUAUGAAAAAUUGAAAUCAUGAACAAUUUAUGAUGAUGUGCAUAUUAGCCGGGUGUGAUUAUUUGAAAAGUUUUAAAAACGUUGGAAUUAAAACUGCAUAUAAAAUUAUAUCGCAAACUAUUGAGUUAGACAGAAUUGCUGCAAAGCUGAAAAUAGAGCCAAGUAUUAGAGAAGAUUACCAGAAACAAUUUUUAAAAGCAGUUUAUGCUUUUAAGUUUCAUAGAGUUUAUGAUCCUUUUCAAAGGAAAAUGGUUAUGCUUAAUGAAAUGGAUGUUGAAAGGAUUAUGAGAGAGAUUGGGGAUCUUGAUUUUCUAGGAAGAGAUUUGGAACCAGAAUUAGCAAGAAUGGUAGCAGAAUCAGAGGUUCAUCCUUUAACAAAAAAUCCAUUCAGAGCUGGACUGAAAAGGAAAUAUGAAGAUAAUUUUCCUAUGAGUUAUAAAAAAUUUAAACCAAACCAGCCUUCAAAUGUUUACCAGCAAAUUAGAGCUGUGAAAAAUUUCAAUGAAAGCGAAUAUCAUGCAGACUCUCAGGAUAGUGAAAUUCCUACACCUAACUAUCAAACUCAAAUUCGGCCUAUUCAAUUAUAAUGAGCUGGAAGAAUUUCUUAAGGGCCUUGAUUUGAACAGAUAUAAGCAAGUAUCUGGUGAAUUUUUAUUUAUUAAGCAAUAUGAUACACUUUGUUAAUAAAAUUUAGAUACUUAACAAUUCAAUAGAAAGUUAAUGAAUUAAAUAAUUAAAUUAUCAUGACUAAGAGUUCAAAGACAUAAAAAUGCUAUUUAUCUUAAUUUAAAUAUUUUUUUAUUUUAUUAAUAGAAAUCUUUUGAUAUUGGCAAAAAUUUUAGCAUGUUUAGUGUCGCCAUCAUAAAUUGUGUUAUGCAUUAAAACUCGAAGAACUUCUAAUCUAUUAAUACAUUUUAUUUCAAAAAUUUAAAUCCAAACUUAUUUUCCGCAUCUUGACUCGGUACAAAUUAAAAAGUGCCAUUUCUAAAAACAUUUCUGACAUCUUUAAUUUGUGCUAUGUCGUUUGAAAUUGAAAUUCGAAGAAUUUAUCCAAAUUAAUGAAAUUUCUUUAAAAAUUAUUUCUUGAUUUAAUUCAAACAUAUUAUUGGCGAAAAUGAGAGGCUAAGAAUUUUUUUCAACAGAGUAUAAAGCCAUUAAUGAGAAAGCCUCCAAUCGUAUUGAAAAUGAAGAAAAAAUCUUGAGAUAUAGAGGCUGAGAUUAAUGAAAUUAGGAAUGCUCUAACCAAAAAUGAUGAUGAAGAAGAGAACAAUGAAGAAAAGCAAGACACUCAAGAGAGCCAAUCUGCGAUUAGCACAGUUCUACUACCUUUUGCUACAAAUAGAGAAGAAUGCAAUCAGUCUCAAAUAGAUAGGAUUGAAAGUCAAGAGUUUUUAGGGAGUAAAAAACAACUAAUUUUGCAAAACAAGUGUAUAUUAGGGGUCAAAACAAAAUCUGCUAAUAAUUAA